ACUCGUUUGACCAGAGCCAAGAUUCAAUACUUUCUAGACUCUCGGAGCGAGUGAAACACGUCACAGCUAAGAAAAUCGUUUCUGGCUUGUAGACUGGUUCUGCUAUUUACCAAGUUCGCAGUUAAUUUUUGUAUUUCUUCAAAUAUAUUCGAAAUAUGAGUGAGGAGGAGUACUACGAAGAGGAGGCCGAGGAGCAGGAGAUCUACGACGAUGGCACGGAAUACACUGAACCGGGUGCCCAGAAGGUGGAUAAGCCGUCCAAGGACGAAAAGAACGUGGCCAAGUGGAUGAAGAAGAACGUGAAGACAAAGAAAACCAAAUUCCUCAGUCACAUCGUCGAGUACUUCACUUCCAGCAAGGCCAUCGAUGCCCUGAUCAAGUCGAAGUUCGCCGAGGGCAGCAACCCGCUCUUCACCACCCGGGAACAGGCGGUCGAGUUUCUGGAUGUGAUGCUGGAGCAUAAGUUCUUCCAUCGGGCCAAGAAAGUGCCUGUCACGCUGGAGGAGAUCAGGGGCAGCAAAAAGACCGACAAAGAAAAGGGACAGGACAAGGAAAAAGAAAAGGAGAAGGAAAAACCAAAGGACAAUGACAAGAAGGACACCGAUCCAGAGGGUGAGGCCGGACAAGGCGAUGGUGGGGCUUCUGGAAACGAAAAGGACAAGAAGGAGAAGAAGAAGCGUAAGAUCCGCCUGGAUAUGCACCCCGAGCAGAUAUUCGUGGAUGGAUCGGAGGCGUACGUUUGGAUCUAUGAUCCCAUUCCCCUCCAUUAUUGGAUAUUUGGCUUUAUUGUGCUGUUAGGCGCCGUGGGUAUAUGCCUAUUCCCAUUGUGGCCUCCACUUCUUCGCAAGGGCGUCUACUAUCUGUCGAUCGCGGCUGCCGGCUUCCUAGUUUUCAUCCUAGCCCUCACAGUGGUGCGCCUGAUUGUGUUCACCAUCGUGUGGGCUCUCACAGGCGGCAAGCUGCACUUCUGGAUCUUCCCCAAUCUUACCGAGGAUGUAGGAUUCUUUGCCUCCUUCUGGCCACUUUAUGAGAGCAACUUCAACAGCGACGCAAAUUCCGGCUCCAAAACCGACAAGAAGUCCAAGACUAAGAGCAAGAAAAAAGAAAAGGACAGUGACGCCGAGGAUACGGCCGUAGAUGCGGACGGAGAUGCCGAUGGCGAUGGAGAUGGAGAUGGAGAGGUCUCUACCCUUGAGCCAGAGAAAAUUGAGCUAAUCAAGGAACACGACACCGACAUGGAAAUUCGCAAGCGUCGCAAGGUUGGAGCCGAUGAUUACGAGGACGAGGAUGUGGAAGAGCCUCAGGCGGAGCCUAAGGAUUCCAAAGCUGGAACCCCACGCAACUCGGGAUCUGAUUCGGAGAGCUCUAGUAAAGAUUACGAGAUAAUUAGUUCAAGUGAAGUUCAAAACGUUGCUGGCAACUAGGAUGGAGGCACCACAAUCUAUAUUAUUAUUUAAUGAUCCACAUCUAGCUAAUUGAUAAGACAUAGAACAAGAAUCACACAUCAACUACAUCAGAAGGCACACACAAAGAAUUCCAAUUUAUAGCUAAAAUCUUGUCCCACUGAAUAUCUCGAGUGAGUUCACUUUUGCGGUAGAUCGCGAAUAGUUUAAAAUUCUAUUCAGAUAUCAGUUUGGCGCAUUUUUCUCUUUUUAAUAUCUAUUUUUCGGGAGUAGCAUCAGUGUAUGAAAAAUAUUAUGUUGACCCAGUUAGCGUGUUUGUUUAUUUUUUGUCUAUAGCUGCAGUUGGGUCUUGAGUUGCCGCUUAAGUUAUUAAACUUGUAAACAAAUAACGAAAUACUAUAUUUUACUUCCUAUGUUUGUAAAUGUAUACAGUGAAGCACCGUGGGUGGGUGCAAGGAACGAUUGCAAUUGAUAAUAAUCAUAGAGAGUACGUAGAUGCGAGUGCAUACGUUUUAUGUGCAUAAUUAUUUACUCUAAUGUAAUUAAAGCGAACUAAAACCUUAAUGAAAUUAGUAGUAUAACUUGCAAUUAACUAUUAUGAUACGAUAUAAAUAAAGCUAGGCAAUUUUGAUCUGAUGAGA